AUGAACAGCUUAGACGAUCUCGUUCUGGUUCGCAGGAAUUUGCAGUUGUUCGACAAUGUGUCAAACUUGCAAAAACCCGCGAUCGACUACUUCCACCACGAUUUCGGCGUACACACCACACUUGCCAUGCCGCAUGCCUGGUUUUUACUGGCGUCCAUGGGCAAGCACCGGGUACUGCGACUGCCCAGUUGUUCGCCAGACGACGUUUUCGACUACGACUUGUAUCUCGAGCGUCUGCACCACUGUCUGUGGCGCAGAUGGUCGAUGGAACAGCGUUACUGCGUUCGCGAUAAAUUGGAUCCGCUAGACAUCAACUGGAACAAGGAACUCGAUGUGACAGUACUGUACGGCCCGGACCUCACGGGUUCCUGCCCAACGCCUGGCGCAAGCGCAGGAGCGCUUGCGCCCCUGCCGUACCGUGAUUCAGCGUACAUGAACGGCAGUGGCGAUCUUUUGUCCUCUUCGGCUUCCUCCGACAAGUCUUCGUUGUUCGAUGCCACUCCUGUAAAGAGCUGCUUGAAAAACUCCGAGCCAGCGCGGACCCGAAAAAACCUUCAUUUCAAAAACUCCGUGAAAAGAAGAGACAUCGACCUGUUGGGGCGUUCCUCUGAGCAAGACGUAUGCAUCAACGAUCUCGACUGCAAAUACCUGGAAUUCUCCAAGGAAUUUUUAGAUGAGCUUUACCAAACCAGCGACAGCGACAGCGACAGCGACUUCAUAUGA